AUGUCAUUAACAAAUCCAGAUAACCAUAAUACAAGUUUAAAUGACGUAGUACGAAAACCAGCAUUACAACGAUGGGAACGAGAUUUUACAUUAACAAAAGUUGAUAAUAUUGAGUUUGAUUAUAUUAUUAUUGGUUCAGGUAGUGCUGGUAGCGUGUUAGCAAAUCGUUUAAGUGAAGAUUCAAAUAAACAAGUGUUGUUAAUUGAGAGUGGUGGUGUCGACACAAAAGAUGAAAUACACAUGCCAUCUGCUCAGUAUGUUUUGAGUACAUGUUCGAUUCACGCUACAAGUUUGUAUGGUUUAAGUUUGAAUUAA